UACCUAGUCUGAUAGGAUGCGCCUCAAACUCCAACGUCAAAAAUCUCCCCGUCCUUUCCACCCGAUAUUUGGUGGUACUACCGUACUAGUCACCAUCUGCAAUUGUGGCUUUCCGCCGUUGUAAUUCCUCUCACCGUUCCGACGGGGCGGAGCCGGGACUCUUCCUCUCUUCAUUAUAAACGACAAUCUUUCCAAGUGUGGGUAGUUGUGUUUCCAAGGUCUGUUACAAAAACAAGUAAAAAAAUACGUCUUGAUUCCUAGUUGCACAGUCGCUACUCGGCUUACUUUCGUGUUCCGCUUUUGCUCUUUUUUUUUUUAAUUUUUUUUUUUUUUGUUCUACAGUUUGAAUUAAUUAUUGAGGUUGUCAUCGUUAUUACUUGGGUUCCCCUGAAAGUCUGACUUUUGGGUCGCAUAAUUGAAAAAUCCCGAUCCAAAGUCAAGCAGCCCAGCCUGCCAGGGAAGCCAACUAGGUUAGCUUCAGAAUAAUAUUAUUCCUUUGAUGAUAAUGAUUAUGACGGAUUCAAUUCAAACUUCAAAAAUAGUUUUAAACCCUGCUUGCUGAAAAAUCCCGAUCCAUGUGUGGUAUGCCGGUAUUACAAAUCCAAUAAUCGUUGAAGACAGCAAAAACAGAAAUAUUCUAUUAAUAAUAAAAAAUAAAACAAUAUCUUGGAUCUGUAGAUGUGUGAAUAUUUUAGUAGAAUUUUAUUUCAUUGGUUCUCAAAAAAUUGUGGAAUUUACAAAUUAAGAAGUUAGUCAAAUAACAGGAUGGUCCCUCCCUCUCAGUUUCAUAAUAAGGUUUUGGACGUCGUGGGUGCUACUCCUCCUCCUCCGGCACCCGGUAGCUCCAUAAAUUGCUCACUUAACCAAACUCUAAUCUUCUUCCGUUCUAAAUCCAAUACUAGUAUUCUUAAUCCUCCUCUGCCGGGAAAGAGGGCAUCUUCUUGCGUCAAUUGUUGGUCGUCCAGAUUUGACGGCAGCAGCAGGAGCAACAACAACAACAACAGCAACCGGAGGAGAUCAGGUGGUGGUGGUGGAAGGGUGUUAAUGGCUUCGUCUCCUCACAAGAAUCUGAAGACAUCCAAUCACCUCCGCCAUUUGGAUUCAAUGAAGACUCUCCCAUCGGGCGCCGGAAACAUUUCGCAUUUGAACGCGGUUGUCUUGGGCGAAUCCCUCGCUUCUGAAGAGAAUGAUCUUGUCUUUCCCAGUGAGGAAUUCUCUCGCCAGGCACACGUUCCUUCACCCGAGAAGUACCUGGAGAUGUAUAAAAGAUCUAUUGAGGACCCCUCUGGAUUUUGGUCUGAUAUCGCAUCAUCGGAGUUCUAUUGGAAAGAGAAAUGGGGCCAACAAGUCUUCUUUGAGAAUCUUGAUGUCAGGAAAGGCAACGUCAAAAUUGAGUGGUUCAAGGGCGGUGUCACCAACAUUUGCUACAAUUGCUUGGACAAAAAUGUCGAAGCUGGAAUUGGUGACAAAAUUGCCAUUUACUGGGAAGGAAACGAGCCUGGUUUUGAUGGCACUUUGACCUACACCCAGCUUCUCCACAAAGUUUGUCAGCUUGCAAACUACUUAAAAGAUAUCGGUGUUGAGAAGGGUGAUGCUAUUGUGGUUUAUUUGCCAAUGCUAAUGGAACUUCCAAUUGCAAUGCUCGCAUGUGCUCGCAUUGGUGCUGUUCACUCGGUUGUAUUUGCUGGAUUUUCAGCAGAAUCUCUUGCCCAAAGGAUUAUGGACUGCAAGCCAAAGGUUGUGAUUACUUGCAAUGCUGUGAAAAGGGGUUCAAAGGUUAUCCACCUCAAAGACAUAGUUGAUGCUGCCCUCGUCGAAGCAGCCAGAAAUAAAAUUUCUGUAGAUGUGUGCUUAACCUAUGACAACCAUUCAGCAAUGAAGAGAGAAAGUACUCAUUGGCAAGAAGGAAGAGAUAUAUGGUGGCAGGAUGUUGUUACUAAGUAUCCAACUACUUGUGAGGUGGAGUGGGUUGAUGCAGAGGAUCCACUUUUUCUGCUCUAUACUAGUGGCAGCACUGGAAAGCCAAAGGGUGUUCUCCAUACAACUGGGGGAUAUAUGGUGUACACUGCAACAACGUUUAAGUAUGCAUUUGACUACAAACCGUCUGAUGUCUACUGGUGUACAGCUGACUGUGGUUGGAUUACUGGGCACAGCUAUGUCACUUAUGGACCGCUGCUAAAUGGAGCAUCUGUUGUUGUCUAUGAAGGGGCUCCAAAUUAUCCUGAUUCUGGACGCUGUUGGGACAUUGUUGACAAAUACAAGGUGGCAAUAUUCUACACUGCACCCACAUUGGUGCGGUCCCUCAUGCGUGAUGGUGAUGAAUAUGUUACCCGCUACUCAAGGAAAUCCUUACGGGUCCUUGGAAGUGUAGGCGAGCCUAUUAAUCCAAGUGCAUGGAGGUGGUUUUUCAACAUAGUUGGAGAUUCAAGGUGCCCUAUAUCUGACACUUGGUGGCAAACUGAAACUGGUGGCUUCAUGAUUACUCCAUUACCGGGUGCUUGGCCGCAGAAGCCUGGUUCUGCCACUUUUCCUUUCUUUGGGGUUCAGCCUGUCAUAGUGGAUGAGAAGGGUGUUGAGAUUGAAGGCGAGUGUAAUGGGUUUCUAUGUGUGAAAAACUCAUGGCCAGGGGCAUUCCGAACACUUUAUGGCGAUCAUGAAAGAUAUGAAACGACAUACUUCAAGCCAUUUCCUGGCUAUUAUUUCAGUGGUGAUGGCUGCAGCAGGGACAAGGACGGAUACCUCUGGCUUACUGGAAGAGUUGACGAUGUUAUCAAUGUUAGUGGUCAUCGAAUUGGCACAGCAGAAGUGGAAUCUGCUCUAGUCUCACAUCCUCAAUGUGCAGAAGCUGCUGUGGUUGGUGUUGAGCAUGAGGUUAAAGGCCAGGGUAUUUAUGCAUUUGUUACUCUUGUGGAGGGUGUUCCGUACAGCGAAGAACUGCGGAAAAGCCUUAUCAUCAUAGUUCGGAAUCAGAUUGGAGCCUUUGCUGCACCUGACAAAAUCCACUGGGCGCCUGGCCUUCCAAAAACUAGGAGUGGAAAGAUAAUGAGGAGGAUUUUGAGAAAAAUUGCAUCCAGGCAGUUAGAUGAGCUUGGAGACACUAGCACCCUAGCAGAUCCAAAUGUGGUCGAUCAGCUAAUUGCACUUGCUGAUUGCUGAAACUGCACAUUUGUAAUAUGGAAGGCACCUCCAUCAGGUUAUUCAGAAUUGUAAUAUCCAGAAUUGUUACAGGCGUGCAGUAACAGUUGUUAAUUUGAGCAAUAGAAUAAAGAGCCCGUUAAUGUUUUGUUAUUUGCCCAACAUCCUUCCCCUCCAGGGCUUCUACAUGGACUUCCUUUCAAACAUAUAGGACACUAAUUUAUUGGUGCUAUUUACAGGUUUGGAUGCUUGUGUAUUAUUUGUUUUGAUGACAUUAAUUUUACCUUUAUAUCCAA